UGGGGGUGGGGGCGGCUGCGUGUUUCCGGAAGACGUGGCGGCUCUCGCCUGGGCUGUUUCCCGGGUUCAUUCCUCCCGACUUUGCUUCACACCCUGGGUGCCCCGAGCUGCUGCCGCCUCUGCCCUCGACGCCGCAGCCAUGAUCUCCUUAACGGACACCCAGAAAAUUGGAAUGGGGCUAACAGGAUUUGGAGUGUUUUUCCUGUUCUUUGGAAUGAUUCUCUUCUUUGACAAAGCUCUACUGGCUAUUGGAAAUGUGUUAUUUGUGGCUGGCUUGGCUUUUGUAAUAGGUUUGGAAAGGACAUUCAGAUUCUUCUUCCAGAAACAUAAAAUGAAAGCUACAGGAUUUUUCCUGGGAGGUGUAUUUGUAGUCCUUGUUGGUUGGCCUUUGAUAGGCAUGAUCUUUGAAAUUUAUGGAUUUUUUCUCUUGUUCAGGGGCUUCUUUCCUGUGGUCGUUGGCUUUAUCAGAAGAGUGCCAGUCCUUGGGUCCCUCUUGAAUUUACCUGGAAUUAGAUCAUUUGUAGAUAAAGUUGGAGAAAGCAACACUAUGGUAUAACAACGAGUGACUUGAAGACUCAUUUAAAAUAUUGUAUUAUUUAUGAAAUCCUUUGAAGAAUAUUCAGCACAAAGUUAAAUUACAUGAAAUAGCCUGUAAUGUUUAAAACAAGUAGCCUACAAAGUACCAACAGCAGUUAACAAGGAAGCAUCGAAAACAGGCUUCUAAUCAAGUCAUCUAGGAGUCAGCAAGCAAACCGCAGGGGAUGAAAUCUGUUACAAUGCAUUAUUGAAACUCUUGAAGGCAAUUUUUCUUGUAUUUCCAAAAGGUGCAAAACCCAGCCAUCUUUAGAGAUGGGGCCUGCUCCUUUUCUAUCCCUCUGGAGGUGCAGGCAUGCCACGGGCAUGUGCUGUUGAGAAAUGCCCGCUGCAGUGACAGGAGUAUUUCCAGUGUCUCUGAAGGUGACUCGUGAAUCAGAUGGGAUUAUGUCAUGUUAGCGUAUUAACCAAGGAAAACCCAGCUUGGAGGUUUAAAUCACCUUUUUUUCCCUUUUUUUUUUUUUUUUGGUAAACUGAUGGUUAAAGUAAAAUUUUUAUGGUUGACAACUUAAUGCCAGAUGGAAAUCUCAAUGAAAUAUUCUUUGUUGGAACACGCAGAGGUCAUUCUUUACUAGCAGCUGACUAAAAGCUCUUUUUUGGUCAGCUGCAUACUCCAGAAAUACAUUUAGUGCUUGGGAGUUUGUCGGUCGUUACAUAUAAAUACCCAACAGAAAGCACUCUUGGCCUGGUCUGUUACAUAGCUUAUUUUAUUGAAUACUCUUUCAUUCUAGAUACUAAAUGAUGCAAACCAAAUGGAUUUUUCCACAUCACGGUGUAGUUUUUCUUCCUUUUUGUAAAUUUUAGCAGUUUAUUAUUUUGCUCUUCAUAAAUAAAAAUAACUUGAUAAUGUAUCAAGGUAUCAAGUUAUAACAUGUUAAAAGGUUAACCUUAGAGCUGUUUUUUAAGGGCUGGUUAUUUAAGGCUGAGUUUGCCCUUUUUCAUCAUAGAGAUCAGUAUGCAUGAGGUGUACAUCAUAUGAUCACUCUUUGCCUUGAGUUCAUGGAGAAAAUAUCUGUUUUCACAUGCUGAAGUUAUUUAACUGUAGUGAAGCUGGCUAUCAUUUCUUAAAAACAUGACACUAAAAAAAAACAGUGUGUGGUGUUUGUCUAUCACUGCUGCUUGUCAGGCAGUAAAAAACUGGUGGUUUCUUCAUGAGUAAAGGUGACAGCUUUUGUAGUAGUUCUAGGAAUGCAUCUCAACAGCCAUUAUACUAUUUGUUUUACCACUAAUGAUUGCACUAUUAACUUAAAAAAAAUAGUGAUACAGCUUUUUAAUGUAUAAAAUCAUAAUUGAAAUUUGUGAUUUUUAUUUACAAAUGUGUACAAAAUAAAUGACAGCUUGUGUUGUUUUUAGUUCAAUCUCUUCAUGCGCAGAAACUCCCAAACUUGCUCAUGUAAAGACGGAAAGAUUUGGCAUACAGGCCAGUGGUUCAGUCUUGUGGAUUUCUGUCUUUUUGGUACUGCGUUUGACUUACAAUCUGUGAAAAUAGGUAAUAUUGAUGAAAUGAGACUCCUACCUCAAUAGUUCAUGGAAUCAUAAGAAACCUAGUGUUGUGUCUAAUGUUCUUCAAGGAAGUAAUAUCCUCACUUGGGGAGAGCGUCAAAUAUAUACAUAUUUGGAGGAUGGACUUAUGAACGGUGUCCUGUCAGACUCUGUUACAUGUGUUUUUGACUGACCCAUGUGAUUUAUAGUGGCAAGAUGAUUCCACCCUUUUAGAGCAGGAACAAUAUCUGUUAGUGUAAGGAAUUCUGUAUUAUCUAACUCCUUUGUAGAAGUGAAUUUCUAUCAUAAUGCUCUUUGCACAAUAACAGACAUCUCUCUCUCAACAAUCUUCUUUCAGAAAGCAUCAUUAGACAGGUGUGUGUAAAGGAUUUGAUAAUCUCCCAGUCCUCUUAGUAAGUUGAGAGACUGGAGCAGUUUUCAGUUUUAACUGAAGCCACAGUCAAUCUCCAGUGUGAGCUUGGGCCGCCUGGCAGCACUGCAUAUUUCUUUUUCAGAACCAUUGAUGAGCCUCUAUUUCUAAACCUACUAAUCCUGUGAUGGGAAGCAUUGGAUAUCCUGUUGUUUCUUCCUUUCAAAAAUUAGCCUUCUGUCUUUUUGACAAAAAUAUACUUUGGUUAUUGCUAUAAAGAUGGAGGAAAAGGUCUAAUACUACUUAGCCUUAACUGUUUUUGGCAUUGUUCAAAUGUAUUUUCUGUAACAGAAACUUAUUUGGAAUGUUCUUUCUUUUCUCCUUAUAAAUUGUAAUUCCUGGAGUUUCGCUGCUUUAAAAAGUCUCAGCCAAAUUAUAUGAUCUAACAAUUGAAUAUUGUAAAUACACUUGUCUUACCUCUCAAUAAAAGGGUACUUUUCUAUUA